CAACAGCUGUGAGACCCUGACGCCAUUGCCAGAUAUGUUGCUGACAAGCCUUCAUUGUGAUACGUAGCACUUAGUGAAUAAUACCAACAGACCCCGAAAAAACCUGUUUCAUUUCUGCGUGCAGUCUAGAACAAUAUACCUGAGCAGGGGAUAUUAAAAGGGGCCGUUUACUGUAAUAUCAGAACUAUUAAUAUUGGUAGAUUGCCACAGAAUAGAUUAUCACACAGGAUUUGGUUGUUUGUAUACCAAAGUACGUCGGGAGAUUUCUCUGCGGAUUGACCUCAAGAACCAUGGGCUCCGGCCGGGUGUACCUUCCCAACUUCCCGCCACCUCGGCCCCUGAGGAUCACUCUGACCUCUCCAGUACGGAAGACGUCCGUCUAUGACCUCAAAGGCGACACGAAAACACAGAACGACCACCGCAAGCCCCAACUCCUCCGCGCCGUCGUGUUUGAGGAAGAAAUGCGAGACAUCGUCUCCCGCCUCACCAGACCCACCAUGGCCUCGCGCAUGCGCGCCAUAAACUUCCGCCCAGAGACGCAGUACACGUACGUGGACAUGGGCUCCUACAAAUGGUCCAAGAUGCAGAUCUACGCGGACUAUCAGCGACAUAUGUACAACAACAACGGCUCAGUCAGGAGUGGCUUCAAACGAACUGUCAAAGCCAACUACAGACCUUUCGUUUAACCAGGACUUUUGUAGUUAGAAACACCCGUUUCCUGUUGAAAGUUAACGUCUUGACGCUUAAAUGACCCAACAAUGUGCCUCUAGCGCCGUAGAACAAAUACCCUAACUAGCUUAGUAGUAUGCCAUACGGCCCAGGCUCGUCUUGACAAGUAGGGAUGAGGCAUCCAACUUCCCAAAUGCUCCUAUGUGACAUUUGAAAUGUAAAUUACUGACACAUUUUUGUCUUUACAAAACUAUCAAACAUUUUUUUUCCGAUUUCUAGCUUUCCUUCGGUUUUGAAGAUCCUCUUUUCAGUGAAAGGAAAACCUAACUAGGUCAGACGCCGUGUAAUCCAUUUCAAACACAAUUCGUUUUGCCCCUAGUCAGGACUUGGCUGAGGGGACUUGUUCCAGCGCCAACGAGGAACACGAUCCAGGUCCCAUGAGGAUUCCAACCUAGAUCAUCCGCGUUAUAGAUAAACUUCGAAAUGUGUCAGGAUAUUCAAAUUUUAGACACCAUUAAUUAUUUAUACUUUGUCAAGUUUUUUUUAACCUGUAGCUUAAGACGGCAGAAGCUUUUUUGCCUGAAGGGUAAGGCGUUUCAUGUCCGGUGAUUGGUGGGCGACACUGUUUUGCGACAGCCUCCUUUACUUUCCGUUUAUUGAUUCUGUCUCUACACAUUUCUUGUUUAAUUUAACCCUUUGAGCCCUGACCUCCUAAGGCAACCGUGCCCCCCCCCUCUGCUUGAGCUCCUGAGUGAUAUGUUACUAACAUUCAUGUGAUCAUCACAUUCACAUGGUUGUCCUCGUCAUUACUAGCAUCAUCUAAUUCAGAAAGAUCUUAAAAAUAAUCAGGAACAUCUCAAGUAGUAAACACAGUUUCCCGCUGUCGUUUUGUACCAAGCAAACCUGUUUGCGUUUAAGGUCUCGCUCACUGCUUUGCUGGUGGUUAGGUAUACGGGCAGUUGUACCCGCCACCGGUGAGGGCUCAAAGGGUUAACCCCCUUUGACCACCAUAAUUUGACCUUUGAAAAUGUUUGUAAAUGUCAACUGCCAUGCCUAAUGUGAUAUUUGAGUCGAGGAAUUCCAGCCUGCUAUUUCUACUUCUAAAGUGCCAAGAGCUCGAUAACAUCCUCUCUUAAUUAAGAGCAUGGAAAACUGUCUUCUUCGUUCACGCGUCGUAGCUUUUUAUUUGAUUGUUCCUGAAGGCACGUAAAUGCUUUUACAGCUUAAGCUUUUUACUAGAUCUGUGAGGGUAGCUUUAAGCUGCUUUCUUGAUAGUAGCAGUAAGUAGAAAAGAAAACCCACAACUCUUUUCUCUGUUUACCAGCGUGGUGAAAGAACGUACUUACCGUCACUCACUCACUCACUCACUCACUCAC